AUGCAGUCGAUUAUUGUUUCUUUUGCUGCGAUUCUGGCUGCCACCACAAUUGCCGUGCCCGUUGCGAUGAUGAAGCCGAGACAGAUCGGCGAUAAUUCAUCUCCUGUCGACAUGGUCCUUUCGCAAGUUGGAACACAUCUUCCUGGUGCUAAUGACAAAGCCCUCAAGACAAACGGCACCGCCAAACCCAAGGAUCCGCUCAGCAGUCUCACCGGGCUUACUAAAGGGCUUGGACUCUAG